AUGGAUUGCAAAAUUGCAAGUUGGAAUGUCAGAGGAAUAAAUACUGAAUAUAAGCAUAAUGAAGCUAUUAUGUUUAUUAGAGAUGAGAAGUUACAAGUGUGUGCACUACUAGAAACUCAUUUGAAAUCAAAUACUAUUAAUAAGGUGGGAGAUAGAGUUUUUAAUACGUGGGAGUGGGUAUCUAACAUCCAGUUCAGACCUACUUGUUGCAGAAUGCUUGUUGGAUGGAAUCCUAGUGCAAUUAGGUUGAUGGUAAUAGAUACUAAUAAACAAUCCAUGCUCUGUCUAAUUGAAGUGAUCUCUAGUCAUAUAAAUUUUUUCUGUACUUUUGUAUAUGCAUGCAAUUCUGGAGUUGAGAUAAGGGUCUUAUGGAAAGAAUUAUAUAAGCAGAGACAGUUUGUGGGAAUGGAACCAUGGGCAUUGAUGGGUGACUUUAAUAUCACAUUGGAUGUGUCUGAACAUUCUAAUGGAGGAGCAUUUGCAUCUAUGGAUAUGCAUGAAUUUUUGGAUACUAUUAAUGAGUUGGAAGUGGAGGAUAUAUGUAGUAGUGGAUUCAAAUACACUUGGACAAAAUCUUUGAAGAACAAGAAGUGUGGUACUCUUAAAAAAUUAGAUAGAAUCCUGAUUAAUGAGGAGUUUAUGAAGAGGUUUAAAACUGCUUCAGGGUUGUUUAUCCCAUAUUUGGUGUAUGAUCAUAGUCCUGCUAAGCUUAUUUUUAAAAAUGGGCAGAUUAAGAAACAUAAGGCUUUUAGAUUCAAGAAUUUUGUUACUGAAAGAAAUGAGUUUUUGGAAUUAGUUAAGAAGGAAUGGGAUGAAGAGGUAGCUGGAUGUCAUAUGUAUAAAUUAGUCCAGAAAUUGAAGAAGCUUAAGAAGCCGCUGAAUAAAUUGAGUUGGAGUACUGGAAAUGUGUAUGAAAGAGUGAUUCAGUUAAAAGGUAAGUUGAAAAAGGAUCAAGCAGUAGUUGAUACAAAUCCCCACAAUGUUGAGUUGAAAGCGAAAGCAAUGAAUAUAUUGAAUAUAUGA